AGCUGCACAAUUUAGUAAUAAUAACACAGCAUUGGCUAGACAGUCUUUUUUCAGCCAAACCUUUUAUUUUUUGAUAGGGUAGUGAUAUAAAAGGAGAAGAACAGGGGGAAGCUGAUCUCUCAACCGCUAGACUUAAGGUUUUUCAGCAUGAAGACCAGGCUAGGCUGUCUGUCCAAAAAAUCUGACUCCUACACUGACUUCUCUGAGUUCUUGCCUCCUGCUCAUGAGACCACUGCCAGAUGUCUGAAACUAUCAACAGAUGAAGUGGUUCGAUGGUCUGAGUCAUUCGAUCACCUUCUUGCUCAUAAAUAUGGGCUGGCUGCAUUUCGGACGUUUCUCAAGUCUGAAUUCAGUGAUGAGAACAUUGAAUUUUGGAUGGCCUGUGAGGAGUACAAAAAAAUCAAGAGCUCAACCAAACUUGUGUCAAAAGCAAACAAGAUAUUCAAAGAAUUCAUUGAGGUUCAAUCACCAAGAGAGGUAAAUAUUGACUACAGAACAAGAGAGAAGACCAAACAGAUCCUGUCAGAUCCCUCUCCAGCCAGUCUAAAUGAAGUCCAGGGUAAAAUCUACUGCCUAAUGGAAAAAGACUCAUACCCACGAUUUCUGCGGUCAAAAAUGUACCAGGAUAUUGUGAACAGGGCUCAUGCCCAAGGUCAGAGGAGGUCUGUUUGACCAAACCUCUACUUCACAGUGGACCUACAAUGGAGCUCUAUAGUGCAUAACUCUUUGUCCAUUUGACAUCAUACCAAUACUGUGAACAUUAAAAGAUAGUUGACAUUGACAUUGAACAUGAAAGAAAUGUUAAUAAAGGCCAAAUUAAACAUUUUCAAAAACACAACCUCAACAUUUAUUUUCUAACAACAUAUUGAUAAAUAGAUGAAUGUCAUCUAUUGAGACUUGUGCACUAGAGAAAAAAUAGCACCUACAUGUAUCUUUGCUGCCAGAUCUUGAUAAGGUGUUACUGUGUCUCAUUUCAGAUACUUUCCUUUGUGGAAUAGUUUUGCAAUACCAUAUGGUACCUUAGGCACUAACUGCAUGGAGGAUCAACUUCACAUUUCCCAGUUAUAGAGUCUAGUUUAUAUAGGUAAUUUUACAAAUAGAAUUUUAUUAGUCGGUGUAGGAUCGUAUAUAGGCUUAACUUUCAU